AUGCCUCUCAACCUCCCCCAUGAACUCCUCCAAAUCCUCUUCCUCUCCUCCCUCCUCGCCGCCACUUUCCACACUGCAACCUCCCCCGGAUACUGUGAGUGCUCGACCAACUCCAACUUCACCACCGACAGCACCUACAAGUCCAACCUCAACCUCCUCCUGCCCUCCCUCAUCUCCGCCGCCCUCCCCACCAAUUUUGCCACCCUAUCCAAAGGCCAACCUCCUGAUCAAGACUUUGGCCUCGCCCUAUGCUUCGCUGACCUAAAACGAGACGAAUGCCAGACUUGUCUCUCCGCCGCAAGCCAAGGACUCCAGCAGCUCUGCCCGUGGAGCAAGUCCGCUGCCAUUUGGCCAAACACCUGCUACCUCCGCUACUCCAACCACAGCUUGUCCUCCUCCGGUGAUGAUGACUCAUAUAGAAUGUGCUUCUACAACCCAGGGAGCGUCACGGAGAGGUUCGAAGACAUGGUGUGGGAGCUACUGGGCAAUUUAACGAAGCGGGCGGCGUAUGAGUCGACGCGGAUGUUCGCGACCGGGGAGGCCAAAUUCACCAGCUCGACGACGGCGUAUGGGCUGGCGCAGUGCACGAGGGAUCAGUCGGAGGAUGAGUGCUACCAAUGCCUGCAGGUGUCGGCGAGAAAUAUACAUACGUCAGAAUGCGUAUGGGGGAGGCCAGGAGGGGUGGUGGUGGCGUACCGUUGCUAUCUGAGGUUUGACAUCUACCCUUACUACGAUCUUUUCAAAUCCGCUGGUCACAAGAAACCAUCAUUUGCAACAAGAGAACUGCCAAACCGUGAUAUCAAUUAUUCAUGCAUUUAUUUAUCAUUGCAAGCUAAGCUCAAAGGUUAUUAUCUUGGUUCAGGAAGGAAGCGCAAGGCAAUGAUAAUUUUUCUUGUUAUCCCGACGGUUAGCAUUCUAAUUGUCUUCUCUGGCGCCAUUUUCAUUUGUUUGUGGAGGAGGAGAACAUCUAUAAAGGCAACUGAUGCUGGUCACGACAAGGGAAACAUUGGAUCUCUAUUAUUUGACUUGGACACAAUCAGAAUUGCCACAAAUAACUUCUGCGACGCAAAUAAGAUCGGAAGAGGUGGCUUUGGACCAGUGUACAAGGGAUUGCUAUUAAAUGGCCAGGAAGUAGCAGUGAAAAGACUUUCAGCAACUUCUCGGCAAGGACUUCAGCAGCUGAAGAACGAGGUUAUUUUGGUCACCAAACUCGAACAUAGAAAUCUUGUAAAGCUGUUGGGUUGUUGCUUAGAAGAGGAUGAAAAGCUCCUUGUCUAUGAAUUUCUUCCUAACUCAAGCCUUGACAAAUUUUUAUUUGAUCCCCGCAGAAGUGGAGAACUGGAGUGGGGAAAACGCUACAAGAUUAUUGAAGGAAUUGCAAGAGGACUUCUUUAUCUUCAUCAAGAUUCUCGACUCAACAUUAUUCAUCGGGAUCUAAAAUCAAGUAAUAUCUUGUUGGAUCAGUACAUGAAUCCCAAGAUUUCGGACUUUGGCCUUGCAAAACUCUUCGAUGCAGACAAAACGCCGGGGACUGUUAGUCAAAUUGCUGGCACAAAUGGAUACAUUGCACCGGAGUAUGCAAUGCAUGGGCGUUUCUCAACUAAAUCAGAUGUAUUUAGUUUUGGAGUUCUCGUUCUAGAAAUUGUGACCGGUCGAAGAAUCAGAGACUUCCAAGGAUCAGGGAAUGCAGCGAACCUUCUAAGCUAUGCAUGGAAGUACUGGAACAAAGCGAAGGCAUUGCAUUUGAUGGAUCAAAGCCUGGGAGAAGAGUAUCAAAGAGAAGAAGCCUUGAGAAGCAUUCACGUGGGGUUACUCUGCGUUCAGGAAGACCCAACAAAAAGACCAAGCAUGGCAUUGGUUGUUCAAAUGCUGAGUGGUCACUCUGUAACCACUCUUUCAACUCCCUCUAUGCCUGCAUUUUUGAAUCAAGGUAGCACAGCCACCGAUCUAUGCGUGGCUUCAAGUAUAAGAGAUUCCGAUCCACCAAAGAAGGAUGACUCCUACCGAAACAAGGGAACUUCUAGCUAUUCUUCUGAAAAUGAUGUAAACAUUAGUGAAAUCCUACUCCAAUAA